AUGAGUCUGGACGAAGAUACACGUUGGCUUGAGUGGGUCACCAAGCAGUUUGAAAGCAUUGCAGGGGAAGACAAGGAGAUUGACCUGGAGGAGUUUAAAACAGCACUUAAAGUAAAGGAGUCAUUUUUUGCAGAGAGGUUCUUUGCACUAUUUGAUUCUGAUGGCAGUGGGACUAUUAGCCUAGAUGAACUGCUAAAGGCACUAAACCUUCUCAUCCAUGGAAGCGAGACAGACAAACUACGAUUUCUCUUCCAAGUCUACGAUGUGGAUGGCAGCGGUUCCAUAGACCCUGAUGAGUUGCGUACAGUGCUGAAAUCGUGCCUGAGGGAGAGCGCCAUCUCCCUGCCAGAGGAAAAAUUGGAUGACCUGACGCUGGCACUGUUCGAGUCUGCUGAUAAAGACAACAGUGGCUCCAUCACAUUUGAAGAGCUUAAAGCAGAGCUCGAGAACUUCCCUGAGGUCAUGGAGAACCUUACCAUCAGUGCUGCUAACUGGUUAAAGCCUCCUGAACUGGAACACAAGAAGCGAAAAACACCUCGAUACCUGACCCGGGUGUACUGGCACAACAACAGCCGAAAGAUGUUCUUUCUCUGCCUGUAUUCCUUCCUUAACAUUCUCCUCUUCAUCAUAGCCAUGAUGCAACAUGCUGCUGGUGGUCCCUGGUUCAUGUUAGCAAAAGGCUGUGGAAUAUGCCUCAACCUGAACUGCACUUUUGUUAUGGUUCUGAUGCUAAGACGUUGUCUGACGUGGCUGCGUGCCACCUGGGUGGUGAAAAUCUUACCCUUGGACCAGAACAUCUUGUUGCAUCAGAUUGUGGGCUAUGCUAUCCUUAUCUUCAGUGUGGUGCACACAAUGGCACAUGUCAUUAAUUUUGUUCAGCUAUCUUAUACAGAAAGAGGGUAUCAGAUAUGGGAAUACCUCCUCACCACACGACCUGGUAUUGGAUGGGUUAAAGGAACAGCCUCAGUUACUGGCAUUGUGCUACAGAUUCUUAUCGGUCUUAUGGUGGUUUGCUCCAGCACAUUUGUGAGACGUAGUGGUCAUUUUGAGAUAUUCUACUGGUCCCAUUUGUCCUACAUUUGGGUGUGGGCACUGCUCAUAAUCCACUGUGCAAAUUUCUGGAAGUGGUUUGUGGCACCUGGAAUCAUCUUUCUUGUAGAGAAGAUAGUUGGCAUUGCAGUCUCUCGAAUGGCUGUCCUGUAUAUUGUUGAGGUCAACUUGCUACCUUCUAAGGUUACACACUUGGUGAUUAAGCGACCACCUUUCUUCCAAUUUAAGCCUGGUGAUUAUGUCUACCUUAACAUACCAGUUAUAGCCAAGUAUGAGUGGCACCCCUUCACCAUCAGCAGUGCUCCUGAGCAACAAGACACCAUGUGGCUCCAUGUGCGCUCAAUGGGUCAGUGGACAAAUCGACUAUUUGAGUAUUUUAGACAGCCAGACAGCCAAGUCAUGACCAACAAGAGACUUACAGCAAGCCUGAGGAACCGACGUUACCUGGAAAGAACCCAGAUUUCUGCUAAAUUAAGUGAGAAUCACAGAUAUUGUAACAUUAAGUGUUAUGUAGAUGGACCUUAUGGCACCCCCACAAGACAAAUCUUUGCCUCAGAGCAUGCAGUUCUUAUUGGGGCCGGCAUUGGCAUCACACCAUUUGCUUCAAUUUUGCAGAGCAUAAUGUACCGAUAUCGAAUGCGGAAGCAGAACUGCCCCAACUACUCCUGGUGUGAAAAUAUCAAAGACAGUGAGAUGAAGUUGAGAAAGGUGGAUUUUAUUUGGAUAAACCGAGAUCAGAAGUCUUUUGAGUGGUUUGUGAGCCUGCUCACCAAGCUGGAGUUGGACCAGGCUGAUGAGGAACCUGAGGGCCGCUUUUUGGAAAUGCAUAUGUACAUGACUUCAGCUCUGAGUAAGAAUGACAUGAAGGCUAUUGGGCUGCAAAUGGCGUUGGACCUGCUAGCAAAAAAAGAGAAGAGAGAUUCCAUCACUGGCCUUCGUACACGCACACAGCCUGGCAGACCUGAAUGGGACAAGGUGUUUCAAAAGGUGUCAGAGGAAAACAAAGGCAAGGUCCAUGUGUUUUACUGUGGCUCCCCAGUACUCGCCAAGGUAAUAAAGGCUCAAAGUGAGAAAUUCGGAUUUAAUUUUUACAAGGAAAACUUCUGA